CAGAGGGAAGAUGUCCUCCCCGCAGGUCUCCUCGUCCCGCAGACAGUCAUGUUAUCUGUGCGACCUGCCCCGCAUGCCCUGGGCCAUGAUCUGGGACUUCACCGAGCCCGUUUGUCGGGGCUGCGUCAACUACGAGGGCGCGGACCGGAUCGAGUUCGUCAUCGAGACAGCCCGGCACCUGAAGCGGGCACACGGUUUCCAGGAGGGCAGAACUCCCGCAGGGGGACCGCCUCCUCCGCCGCAGCAGCAGCCCGCCGUGGCGAAGAGCCAGGCGGUGUUACUGACCGGGAAGGAGCCGGUGGGGCAGCUCAACCACCACCACCACCUGGCGGACGCACCGGGGAAGUCUCAACAGCCCGGUUUGGACCGGUACUCGCUCGGUGCGGACACCCGGGCUCGGUUUGACUACAGCGGACACAGCAGCAGCAGCAGGCUGCCUAACGGACUCGGAGGACCGAAUGGGUUCAAACCGGACGACGGACCGCCGGAGCUGAACCGACAGAGUCCGAACUCGAGGAGCAGGAGCCACGGGGGGCUGGUGUCGGCGCCGGGACAGAUGAAUGUGCCGCCGAACCUGCUGCCUCAGACCCUGCUGAACGGACCGGCCCCGCACGGCAUGGCGAGCAGAGCCGCCCCGCAGGGCUCGAUGGUCGGCGUCUCUCUGCCCGGACAGGUCGGGCUGUCUGAGCCGGGAGGGAAGCGACCCGCCUCGGUGUCCAGCACGGACCAGGAGCGGGAGCUGAAGGAGAAGCAGCGGAACGCGGAGGCUCUGGCCGAGCUGAGCGAGAGCCUCCGGAACCGGCAGGAGGAGUGGACGAGCAAGCCGAAGACGGUGCGGGACACGCUGGUCACUCUGUCCGGCUGCACCCCGUUCGACGUCCGCUUCAAGAAAGACCACGGGCUGGUCGGCAGGGUGUUCGCCUUCGACGCCGUGUCCAAACCCGGUAUGGACCACGAGCUGAAGAUCUUCAUCGAGUACCCGAGCGGCUCCGGGAACGUGUUCUCCAGCGCCUCGGGGGUGGCCAAGCAGAUGUACCAGGACUGUAUGAAAGACUUCGGCAGAGGUUUGUCCUCCGGGUUCAAGUACCUGGAGUACGAGAAGAAGCACGGCUCCGGGGACUGGCGUCUGCUCGGGGAUUUAUUACCGGAGUCCCUGCGGUUUUUUAAGGAGGGUUUAGGGGGAGACAUGCUGCCGCAGCCCUACAUUGACGGCAGCUACCCGCUCCUCCCCACCUCCCUGGUCCUUCCCGGCCGAGCUCUGGCCUCAGGCAGCGGGAACAGCGGCUCCAGGGCCGGGGUGAGGAAGAGGAAAGCCUCGCCGGAGCCGGACUCUGCGGAGGGCGGCCUGAAGCUGACGGAGGAGCAGCAGAGGCAGCAGUGGAUCAACAGCCAGACCGAAGCCCUCAAGCUCUCCAUGGCUGCGGGCUCCUUCGCCGGACCCCCUCCUCCGCUCGGCCCGGGACACCCCGGCCUCUCCUCCGGCCGCGCCACGCCCCCGGAGUCCGCGGCUCCGCAGCAGAACGGACAGUCCCCGAUGGCCGCGCUCAUGUCGGUGGCGGACACGCUCGGGAACGCGCACUCCCCCAACAAGGACAGAGACUCGGUUCACUCCACCACCUCCUCCUCCAGACACAACAGCAGCAGCCCGGUGUCCCCCGCCUCCGUGUCCGGACAGAGGCGCCUCUCGUCCCGCAACGGAGACCUCGGGCUGUCCGCGCCCUCUCAGUCCGCAGGUGGUAUGGACCAGGUGCACGCGCAAAACGUGCCCGACUCCCCCAUGGCCAACAGCGGGCCUCUGUGCUGCACGAUCUGCCACGAACGGUUAGAGGACACGCAUUUCGUGCAGUGUCCCUCCGUCCCCAACCACAAGUUCUGCUUCCCCUGCUCCAGAGAGAGCAUCAAGGCCCAGGGAGCCUCCGGGGAGGUGUACUGCCCCAGCGGGGAGAAGUGCCCGCUGGUCGGCUCCAACGUGCCCUGGGCCUUCAUGCAGGGGGAGAUAGCCACGAUCCUGGCCGGAGAUGUGAAGGUAAAGAAGGAGAGAGACCCCUGA